AAGGUCGCGAUCGGGCUGCGAUGGGCGGCGAGGACAUGGCCAAGCGGCAUCGAAAGUGGAUGCAGCUCAUGGAGGAAGCUGUCCAAGCCGACGGAUGGGGACAGGUCCUCGAAGCUGUCGAGGCAUACGAGAAAGCGGCGGGCGUCAUCCUGGCCGACCUCCCCACGAUGGGCCUCACCGACGACCAGCACGACAUUGCUGAAAAGGUCGUCGUGGCCAUGAAUUUGCGGGCAAUCGGUUUGAGCGCGGUCAACGGCAACCCGCGCCCAAACAAAGACGACAUGGCGGUCCUUCUUGAAGUGUUGGACAGCGUCACGCGGAAGACUCCUCGUGUGUUUCCACUUGACCUGGCCGACCUGGACGAGUCGACGGCAGCGCCAUCCAUCGCGCGGGACUCGCUUCCCCUGCAGAAAGAGCACCAACAGAGCAACCGGCGGUCGAGCAAACACGAUGCGCUGCCGUCGACGGCACGUGUCCCCGACUCGACGGGCCUGGACGACUCCCCUCAAACCGUCACGAUCACGAUCCAAAAGAUCGGCCUCAAGGACGUCGAUCGAUACGUCGACCCUCAGAUCGUCGUGUCCGUCGUGGACAAGGACUUGGUCGUUGUCGAAGAGAAGCAGGAAACGUCGAUCGCGGCCGUCCGGUCGGCGCCGUACAUCUUCUUCGACAUGUCGGUCGUGCUGCGCACGCACUUGCACGUCCUCCGGCAAAGCGACAGCACCAUCUACUUUGAGUUUGUUCACUACAAGAAAGCCAAGCGAAAGAAGAGCGUCCGGUGCUGGGCCAUGCUCGAGAUGGACGAGAUCAAGGCCGCCGGCAGCGCGGCCCUCGCGCUCGAGCUCUACACCAAGCCGUGCGACCCGUCCAAGAAGCAUUUGCACCUGUUCACGGUGAAGCCGCUCUACUUGCACAUCGACAUUCGACUCACGGCCGCGAAUUGAUCCAACGGGGUAGUACCGCUCCGGCACCACGGAUCGCCCACACUCUCUCGACAGGUAGCCCUCGUAAGGCCGUUGGCAAUGGCAGUUGGCCCCGUGCUAUCGUUGCGGUGCCACCCGGCGACAAAGCCGCGGACGGGGAACAGGACGAAGCCGGACAGUCGACCACCGAGACAAUGCCACAGAUUUAACUUAGGUUACAUGCGCUGUUGGGA